GGACCUCGGGCUGCUGCUGCUGCUGCUGCUGCUGGCCUGCUCGCGAACACCAUGGAUGGUCGGAGCAACCGUGCCAGCAGCUCCUGUGAACGUCUCGGUGACCCAGCUGAGGGCGCACUCAGCCAUGGUGACCUGGAACGUCCCUCAGGGAGACACCGUCAUUGGAUACUCCAUCUCCCAGCAGCGGCAGGACGGCCUGAUGCAGCGCUCCAUCCGGGAGGUGAACACGUCCAGCCGCUGGUGCGUGCUGUGGGACCUGGAUGAGGACACGCACUACAGCGUCCAGGUGCAGUCUGUUGGGCCGCACGGAGACAGCCAGCCCAGCCGCGCUGUCCACUUCAGGACUCUGGAGAGGAGUGACCACUAUCCAGCCGGAGUCCUGGACCACCACCAUGAACCGGCGAUGGAAGGUCUUGGCAUGACUCCUCACUUACAGACAGGAGAGCUGCUCAUUAUCACCACUGUGCUGCUGCUGUGGGCAGCCGUCAUCGCCCUCUUCUGCCGACAGUACGACAUCAUCAAAGACAACGACUCCAACGGCAGCAAAGACAAAGCCAAGAGGCCGCUGGUCCGCGCCACCUCCUCCUACUACAACGCCUCAGCCGGCAGCUCGCCCAUCUACCACAACGGAGCCGUGCGCAGCAGCAGGCUCCACAGAGCCUCCUCCUCCAUCAGCAUCAUUAGAGUCUGACUUCUUCCCGUUCAGCGCAGGACGGGUGGAGCCCGAACCGUCGCCUCAGGAACUUCACUGGAAAUAUCAUCACAAAUAGAGAAUUUAUAGACCACCUGACUGAGAUUUAUUGUAAAAUAUGAGGAAAGUCAGAAGCUCUCCAUGCAGAUGAAAGUGUGCAGAAAGUGGACGUCUGCUGCCCUCCAGUGGCAGAAGACGGCAGCAUCACUGCAGCUUUUUUUCAAGAGGACGAACUCUGACCUGCAGCCAUUUCCUGUUGUGCAAAAGUUUUAUUUCUAUUAUGUCCGAUUCCAAAGACUGUGAACACUUGCCAGCAUGUCGGCUUUAAAUUAUUUCGAAAGUGUAAAGUUUGAGACAUUUCCGGUCGAACAUUUG